CAGUGUAAGAUUGUGGUGUUUUUAACCUUACCAUAAAUAUAAAAGUAUUCUACAAUAUUUACUACAGCUUAAAAAAAAUCACAACGUGUAUUACAUUGUAGUAGCCUACACAACAAUUUACUACGUUUUUUUAUCUGGAAAAAAUGAGGUAAGUCUUAGAUAUCAAGUAAAUGCCACUCAAAAACCAUUCAAUAACACGUUUAAAAUCGAUCCUAGUUGACGCACGAAGUCCAAUUUUACGUGAUGACAAUCACGCGCGUUUAAUUCCAUCACAGCCUGCAUUUGCUUUCAAACAAGCGCGUGCAAACAAACAUUACACGAUCAAUUUUUCGCUGGUUGACCCUGAUUGAUCAUAAAACUAUCAGUGUUUAUCAUUCCAUCCAGUGCAUGCAAAUCCUUGAUCAACGAUAUGCAUGAAGCAACGCGUGUUUUGUUCAACUGACGCUUAUUGUAUUUGAAUACCAGAUGCAAAUAUAAACGUGUUGACCGUUGGUACGUCAGGCUCGUGUAGUUAAAAUUGAUGCGCGGGGAUAAAGUUGCCGUUUAUCCUCUAAUGAGAUGUAUGACUGUUUAUAAACCACUGCAGCUCGACACGUUGGGCGGGAGGCGGAGCAGAGGACGGAUCAUUGACGAACGUUAUUAUUAAAGUGUCCCAGUAGACCGGAGCCGCCUGUCUGCCGAACCGAUUCGGCCAUGCGCGCGCUCUCCGAUUCGAAUAAACGAAGCGUUGCGGGGAUUUAUUAACCAAUGCGGAUGAGAAUCGGAUCUUUUGGGCUUCGUGUAGGAUAAUAUUGGAUUGUCAUGCCGCUUUUUCUUUCUGUUUUUCCAUAGGGGAAUGAGUAAUCGCUAUGUGCUCAUUGAAGGAGGCGGGUAUCUCACAGACAUCCGGAAUCCAUCUCGGAAUCCCACAGCUGUAUCAUCGCGAAUGAGAGUCGAAGCGGCCCGCAUUGUUAUGUGAUGGCCGCGCGGCUUUUUCGCCAUCCUCAUUGGAUUUCUGUAUGAUGAGACAAUCUUAUAUUUCGUGUCUUGAUUGAUACGCGUUUUCCAAAAACAUGGCUGAUCAGAGCAACAUCCAGUCAGCCGCCUCCAAAAGCAUCAGGCCGUUCAAAUCCAGCGAGGAGUACCUGUAUGCCAUGAAAGAGGAUUUGGCUGAAUGGCUGAACACGCUCUACGACCUCGACAUCACGGCGGACACUUUUAUGGAGGGUCUGGAGACCGGCUGCGCGCUCUGCCGGCACGCCAACAACGUGAACCGGCGCGCCCAUGAAUUCAAGGAGAAGUAUCCAGACGCGGCGCUCUCGCUGCGGAUUCCCAGCAAGGAUGUGGGCUUCCAGUCCAGAAAUGUCAUACCCGGAUCUUUUUUGGCAAGGGACAACGUGUCCAACUUUAUCGCCUGGUGCAGGCAGGAGCUCUGGAUUAAAGAUGUGCUCAUGUUCGAGACCAACGACCUGGUGGAGAGGUGCAACGAAAAGAACUUCGUACUGUGUCUGCUGGAGGUGGCUCGCCGCGGCGCGAAAUUUGGCAUGUUGGCACCCAUGUUGAUUCAACUGGAAGAGGAGAUUGAAGAAGAGAUACGGGACCAGGAGAACCUGACAGAGUCGUUGGGGGAGUCGAGCCCGCCGAACAGGACAUUUGGUCGUAAGGAAAGCAUUGGUGAGCCCGAUCCGGAGCUGGUGGCCCGCUGGCAGCAGCAGCAAAAGAGGGUCCUUCUGGAUAUGCGCAACUUGGAUGAGCUGGUGCGGGAGAUUCUGGGUCAGUGCUCCUGUCCAUCACAGUUCCCCAUGACCAAAGUCUCCGAAGGAAAGUACAAAGUGGGCGACUCCAGUGCGCUUAUCUUUAUCAGGGUGUUAAGGACUCAUGUGAUGGUACGUGUGGGUGGAGGUUGGGACACGCUUGAACAUUACCUCGACAAACACGAUCCAUGCCGCUGCUCCGCGUUCGCCCACCGCUAUCAGCAGGCUAAAGCGAGUGGCCAGGGUCCUCACAGCAAGAGCUCCAGUGCUCACUCCUCACGCUCCACAAGCCCAGGACCUCACUGGCGCAAUGAGGGCAUAGGGCCCUACAAAACCCCUGACAGACGGUCCUUGGAUCCCGCGCCGGGCUCCACAGCACACUCGUCUCCCUCACGGCCUGGCAGGUCGCACCAUGCAGCCAUGCCUGUGGAGAUGGACACAGGGAGACCCACAACGCUACAGCCUCGUCCACCACGAGACAGAUCAGAAUCACGUCACUUUAAUCCUCUCAGGAACAAGGACUCUUUUCUUCCAUUAACUCGCAGGCUUUCAGGAGACAGUGACUCCUCUACAGCCUCCUCCAAAGGUGGAGGAGGAAGCACGGGAGGAGGUCGCUUUUCUCUGGGUGCACGGCAGGGUCAUAAAGAGGAUGUGGUGCUGCUGGUGAACCGUAAGGAAGGGAAGCAUGUUAUUGAGCGUCCUGCAGCCGGGACACAGAUUGCGGCUGUGAGAAAUGCUCACGCUCGUACCCGUAGUGCUUCCAGAGAACGCUCUGCAGCUCAGUCCACCUCUUUACUAAAACCAAGUCCACCCCAGGCCCUAGCAGAGGUACAUCGUACACCCCGCACCGAAAGGGGUAGAUCCCUGGGACCCGAAGGUCCACGGAGGCUCCAGGCUCCACGCUCCCUCAGCCAGGGCAAGACACCUAGAGGACGACUGAGUGAGCCCAGUCCUGGAUCGUCACCUCGUCACUCAUCGACCAUGGAUCGGAGAGAGGCACAGAGUCCCAAGCACGCACCCCCAACAUCUUUAAGAAUGAGUGGAAGUUUGCCCAGAAGACAGGCAUCGGCCUCUGCUUCUAACUCACCUGUGAAAGGCAGCGUAAGCGAUAGUCCUGGAAAGAAGGUAAUGCCAAAACCCCCUGCUCCUCGGUCACCUCCCUCUGGAAGUCGCAAAACGCUUCCUCCAGUGUCGCAGGCAGGGUGCCGCUCUCCACAUUCUUCUCCACGAUCAAAUCAUCACCAUUCACCGCGUUCCUCUCGAGUCACGCACAAUCCACGAUCCAGAGAACAAAAAGGGUGGGUAAAUCCCCAUCACCAACAGCAGGAUAGCCAGGGGGACAAGAGUAUUUUUAGUUUACACCUUCUGCCAAGUCUGGACCCUCAACGGGAGCAAGACCUGUAUCGCAGCUUUGAAGCCGAGUUUCUGGCUAACACGCAACAAUCCAAGGCUGGGCCAAGCAAAUCGUCCAGCACUGGAAGGGAUAUUGGGUCUGUUCAGCUUCCUGUUGCCCAACAGGGUUUAGGGUCGCUUCCAAUAACUACAGGCGAUGCGAAUGUCACGGACUCAGCCUAUUCUUCCUCUAACUCUUCAACUUCUUCUCUUAAUGUCGGCGGAAAAGUAGGAGUUCUCCCUGAUUUACGUGAAUCGAAACGGACUAACCCUCGUGCCUGUGCGCUCGAGGACCCUCCCACCCUUCUCCAUAGCCAGAUUCGUGGUGGCUUCCCCAAUGGGGGGCUGCCGGAGGGAGAGAGAUGGACUGGUAGAGGCGGAGGUCUCCGUAAGCUCCCUGCCAUCUCCAGCUCCACAGAGGAUGGCGAACUCCCGCAGGCCAUUUCUCAAUCUGUGUGCCUUCCUAUAGAUCUGGCAGAGGUACCGAUGGACAGCCAGCAAGACCUGGUGGACUGGCCUGGUUUGGAAGGAGACGUCCCACAACCUGAUCUUCAUCCUGACCUACCAUACGACAGCGCAGACCCAAAUGCUGAGUCAUUUCCCUCCCCUCCACCACCUCCAGAUGACUGUUCCUACCAGGAUUCCUCCAGUGAGAGCUCCUCCAUGUGCUUCAGUCUAAGUGAACCUGCAUCCGAGGGUUCUUGCACUUCUCCUCUACCAGUGCCUAAUGGAGAUACCGAUGGUGCAGUGGUCCUCCGGGCCAAAAGGGGUCAAACGAGGGCAGAGAAGGUGCCCUCUAUCUACAAGCUCAAGCUGCGGCCAGGAAUAAGACCUCGAACUGACAACAGACCCGAGAACAGUCCGUCACGCAUCCCUACCCCUGUACAUUACAGAAAUCAUUAUCAGCAGUCUCCUGCCAACUCAUCUCCCCUACAGACCCCACCACAAUCGCCACGUUCAAACGGUCAUCAUCAGCCUUCACACAAAGCUCUGCAUCAAGCUUUUGCAGACCUCAUUCAGCCUCAGCAGCGAUCUCCAGCUAUGGGCUCUAGAGAGCGUGCUUAUUCUUCAGAGUCCAGCCUGGACACAGAGGCCUGGAUGUAAUAAAGCAUGGAGAUGUACUUCUCCUCAAUAUUACAGCUUUAAAGAGUGUUUGAAAAAAGCACAUUCAUAAUGACUAGAACACACAUCUAAUUGUGGUUAACAUGUAGCAGGAUGCUGGAAUCUUAACAGUCAUUUCACUGGAGUUUGUCCAUAAGGUGGUUAUGAAUAUUACUAACACCAAUUUUGACCACAAUAUAGCCUACUGUCAAUCACAGAGCAACAAACAUCACCUGAGAUGCGAUUCAUUGAUCAAGUUAUCAUUUUUAAUUUUUAAGAAAGCGAAUCUAUCAACAACAUUUCCUAUCGAUUGGAGGUUUUAGCUUAUAGGUUUUAUUCAAGGCAGUGUUAUACUGCGGUUCUGGGCUGUGAGGUCACAAGUUCCCUGAUUUCCUAAACAGGAAAUGGUUUAAGAUGGAUACAAAGUGUACACAUCAAAGUGUUUUUAUUCAGGGAAUUUAUAAUUUACAGAUUAUUUUAUAUAAUUGGUGUUUUAAGUUGAAAAUUAGAAAUGUAAAAUCACUACAGUAAACAAGAUGAAGUGUUAGAAAUUUGUUAAAGGAAUAGUCAAUUUUUUCUUUAAAAAAUCCAGAUAAUUUACUCACCACCAUGUCAUCCAACAUGUUGAUGUCUUUCUUUGUUCAGUCGAGAAGAAAUUAUGUUUUUUGAGGAAAACAUUCCAGGAUUUUUCUAAUUUUAAUGGACUUUAAUGGACCCCAAUACUUAACAGUUUUAAUGCAGUUUAAAAUUGCAGUUUCAAAGGACCCUAAACGAUCCCAAACGAGGCAUAAGGGUCUUAACUAGCGAAACAAUUGUCAUUUUUGGCAAGAAAAAUAAAAAAAUGCACUUUUAAACCACAACUUCUCGUCUUCCUCCGGUCCUGUGACACGCCAGCGCGACCUCACGUAAUAUGUCAUCACGUCAAGAGGUCACGGAUGAUGUAUCGAAACUACGCCCCAGAAAGAGGACUGUUCCAACGUCGUUGUAUGUCGAAUGAUACUAAUUAAUGUCUUUGUGUCAGUUUAUUGUUUAAAAUGAUCCGCAAAUUUGCGUUUCAUAUGUGCAACACGUGACCUUUCGAUGUCAUUACGCAAUUACAUGAGGUCGCGCUGGCUCGUCACACAGCCGGAGGAAGAAGAGAAGUUGUGGAUUAAAAGUGCAUAUUUUUUAUUUUUCUUGCCAAAAAUGACAAUCAUUUCGCUAGAUAAGACCCUUAUGCCUCGUUUAAGAUCGUUUAGAGUCCUUUGAAACUGCGUUGAAACUGCAAUUUUGAACUGCAUUAAAACUGUUACGUGUUGGGGUCCAUUAAAGUCCAUUAAAAUGAGAAAAAUCCUGAAAUGUUUUCCUCAAAAAAACAUAAUUUCUUCUCGACUGAACAAAGAAAGACAUCAACAUUUUGGAUGACAUGGUGGUGAGUAAAUUAUCUGGAUUUUUUUAAAGAAAAUUUACUAAUCCUUUAAUACACUUUUAUGUACAUCUGCUAGCAACAUGGAGCAUCUAACUGACGUUUGACCUGACCUCCAUGUGGGAUCUAAAUUGCAAGACACUUAACUGCUUUUUAUUUAGCCAAUGCUAAAUAAGACAUCAUAUCAACACCUCGUUGCUCUGUUGUUUCUUUUGUUUUAGGAAAAAAUCGUAUGAAAGGACAUAGAAGAUUCUCGAUUUACACAUGUGUUAAAUUUUGUGUAUGAUCUGUACAAACUAAAAUGGUCAUGUAUAGGUUUAUAUGUAAUAUAAGAUUGAUUUGAUAUGUUUGCAUUAAAUAUGUGUUAUGUACAUAUAAUAAUAAUUCCUUGAAUUUAAGGUACAUGUAUAAAUUUAUGUUGUUUAUUUCAUUGUGAUAAUUUUGCCUUAGCUAUGCAAUGUUGCUAUUAAAUGUUGCCUUGACAAAUCUUCUUUCGCCUUAAAGAAAGGAUGAGAAGUUGUGUUUGAGAUGGAGGGAUCAUGUGUGUAUGGAGGUAUGUUGCUGCGUGUAUGCGUUUGGGUGAGAUGUUGAUGUUUGACCCUCUGUUAUAGUCCUGAUAGAUAGUUAAGGUAACAACAGCAACAGGAUCUUUAUCAGCAUUUUCUGUUUUAAGAAUCAAAAUGUAUGUGGAGGUGAAAAAUGAAGGAUUUCUCAUUUAACGAUUGCUCAUAUCAAUAGGGCGUGGAAAUCACUACAAACUGUGUAUAGCGAUGUAAAUCAUUCAGAAUAAGCCUGAGUCACUUUUAUUGUAAAUUCCAAACCAAUGACUUUCUGUUUCGUUAUCUUUAGAAAUUCAUUUUACUUAAAAUAGCUCUAUGGCACCACCAAGUGGUCAAAGUAAUACUACACAUUACUACACAGCCAUAGCUGUGCAUGUGCAGUUUGCAUUAAGUGAGCUCAAAUCAAUUGUUAUUUGAAUGUUACGGGGGAUGAUUUGAGAGUACAGUAUAAUGUAGACUUAAGUGAGGGAUUAUAUGAAUUAUUUGUUUUAAAUCCUGCUAAGUUUAAAGUAAUUACAUUACAGCCGGUUUGGCAAUGUGUUAAUUUAUAUAAAAUGAGUUGUGAAGCGUUUUAUAAAAGGAUGAUGUUUAAUGUUUAUGAAUAAAUGAAUGAACUGUUGACUUUUGGUAAGUUCUCUUUAAAGGCUUUAUACUGCUGUGUAUUUAUGGGUGCAAGUGUUUUAUUGAAAGGUGUUCUGAUGUUUGGGCGUUCGAUUAAUUGAAAAGGUGUUUGAGAGCAGAAAAAUGUUUUUCAGUGUUUGCCUAAAGACUGCAACUAUAGGAUUAUUACUGUUAGAUUGACCAUUGACACUAUAAAACUGCAAUACAGUGCACUGCACAUGGCUUCUGCUGGCACUUUAAGACAUUGUUAAGUUUCACAUCGUGGAGCGUCUGCAGUCUUUCAGAUUAUAUUAAUGGAUGCUGUGCCUAUUUCACAUUGUCUGGCAAACCCAUAUGUACACUACAUUCAGUAAUCUUUCCAGUAUCUAAUCAUUGACCGCCAUAUGCGUGUACAGUUGACUCAUUUUGAUCAUCACUUGUGUUCUUUUUGUUGUUUGGUUUCUUUUCUGUAAUGACAUUCAUUGUGGGUUUGUAAUCAAAUGUACAAGUUUUAAAAUAAUUUAUUGCAUGAAUGCUUAUUUUUAUUCAUUCCUGACAUCAGAAAACCAAGCAUGUAGAUUCACAUGCUUUUUUACUGGAGCAAACAUGUGAUCUAGUAGAUGAUCUACUAAAAUGCAUGUUGAAUCUAUAUAUCAACGUGUUCUGGUUUUGGUAGAUGAAAAAGCUGUUGGUUGAUUUAAUCUGAAUGUUUAUGAAAACACUUUCAUUUUUACUAUUUGCAUUUUUUGGCUGCAUCUUUCUAUUUGUUUGAUGUUGACAAUGAACUGUAACAUUGUGGAAUUUGUUUUUGUUGAAUAGCAAUAUUGCAAGACCAACAUUCCACUGUUCCCUGAAAACCAAUUGCUGUUAAUUUAAUUCUUGUAAUAAAAAUGUUUUGGAUGAAGUG